AUGGUUCGAGCUCAAGAACAAGGACAUGGUCUGAUUUCCAACAUCCGGUUAUCGACGGUGGGUGCAGCCCGAGCAACGGAAACCGGUACAACACACGAACCAACCGGUUUAGACCUAGCAAUGAAGCUCCAUUACCUCAAGGCUGUGUACAUUUACUCGUCCGAGGCAGCACGUGACUUGACCGUGACACACGUGAAGGAGGCUAUGUUCGUGCUGUUUGACCAGAUCGCUUGGACCACUGGAAGGUUCUCACGGAGAGACUCGGGCCGUCCAUACAUCAAGUGCAACGAUUGUGGUACUCGUUUCGUGGAAGGUGAGUGUAGUCUCACGGUGGAAGAGUGGCUCGGUAAACCGGACCGGUCGGUUGAUGAGUUUUUGGUUUACCAUCAACCCAUUGGACCGGAGUUGGCUUUCUCUCCUUUGAUCUAUGUUCAGAUGACCCGGUUUAAGUGUGGAGGAUUAGCUUUGGGCCUAAGCUGGGCCAAUAUAAUGGGAGACUCAUUCUCUUUAUUCCAUUCCUUUAACUUAUGGGCUAAGGCCAGUUCUGGGGAAAAGAUCUUUAUCCCCAAAACCUCUAACGAAAACAGAAACUUUCAAAACCCAAACCCGACGGUUAAAGAUCCGGUUUCGAUCAAACGGGUUGACCCGGUUGGAGAUCUCUGGGUCACUCCUAACAACAAGAAAAUGGCAAAUUACAGUUUCAAUCUCUCAGUCGCCGAUCAGAUCUCACCACAUUUUCCGGCGAGUAAAGACGGUUAUUUACCGGUGUUCGAGAUUCUUGCCGGGAUCAUAUGGAAAUGCAUAGCUAAGGUUAGGGAAGAGCCAAAGCCUGUGACUGUUACGAUCAUAAGAAAGGAUCCGAACGAUCUGAAACCUAGCGGAGCGAUUCGGAACGGUCAGAUGAUAAGUUCCGUUCGAGUGGAUUUUCCGGUGGCUGAUGCGAGUGUGGAGGAGUUAGUGAGAUGUAUCGGUAAAGCUACAGAUGAGAGAUUUGGUAUCGACGAGAUCGGUGGUGGGGAUUUGGAUUUCGUUGUUUACGGAGCGAAAUUGACGUUUAUGGAUCUGAGCGAAGUGGGAUUGUAUGAAGCGAAAGUGAUGGGGAAGUCGCCGGAAUCAGUGUACUGUAAUGUUGAAGGGAUUGGGGAAGAAGGAUUGGUGGUUGUUUACACGGCGGCGAAAUCGGAGGAGAGGGUUGUGACGAUGACUUUGUCGGAGGAGGAAAUGGAGAGGGUAAAAUCGGAAUUUAAGAAAUGUGGUUUGAUCGCACCGUAA